AAAGAGGCCCGUCUCAGUCGUGAUCUCUGUGCGCCGGAAGCAAGCUACAGUUUUAUCUCUGUAACAGUACAAAGCGCUGUGAAGAGGGGCAGGCCGCCCUACUGUUUCCCCUUUUUAAGCCUCUGUUCUUCGAUUCACUGCAAAAAUAUAGUGUCAAACUGCGCAUAAUCAUCCCCACAGUGUGGGGCUAUUCCAAGUUGACUUGUAGGGUUUUGCUCUGUUGCUAUCAUCGCUACUCUAUGCCGUCACCAUCAAUAAUUAAUAACCAAUAGCAUAAUAUCUCUGACGAGUGAGGACCGUUUUUCCGCUGAAUUGAAAGAAAAUAUGCUCGAAACAGUCAAAUACCUUAUCGGCUCCGCCGGCCCCAGCGGCUUCGGCUCCAAAUCGACCGCCGAGGAGGUUACCGAGAUGAGUCCUCGUCUGUGCUCCGUCACCGCCAUCAUCACUGGUGCGACGUCGGGAAUCGGAGCGGAGACGGCUCGUGUGUUGGCCAAGCGCGGAGCACGCCUGGUGCUUCCGGCUCGGAGCGUGAAGGCCGCCGAGGAGACGAAGGCUCGUAUUCUGUCGGAGUCGCCGGGCGCGGAGAUCGUCGUGAUGCCGCUCGAUCUUAGUUCUCUCGCUUCUGUACGGAGGUUUGUUGCAGAGUUCGAAUCUCUCCAUCUGCCUCUCAAUCUCCUCAUAAACAAUGCUGGAAAAUUCGCGUACAAGCAUUCAGUUUCAGAGGACGGCAUCGAGAUGAGUUUCGCCACUAACUAUCUAGGCCAUUUCCUACUAACGAAGCUACUGCUCGGCAAGAUGACGGAGACGGCGAAAUCAUCCGGCAUUCAAGGGAGAAUCGUGAAUGUGUCCUCCGGCAUCUACAACUGGUUUCCCGACGACAUUAUCGCUUACUUCCGAGAUGUAAGCAAGGACCCAAGUCUCUACGACCCGACACGUGCGUACGCUCUAUCGAAGCUGGCUACCUUUCUGCACACCAAAGAACUUGCUCAGAGGCUUAAACAAAUGGAGGCAAACGUGACGGUGAACUGUGUUCACCCUGGGGUUGUGAAAACUAGACUCAAUCGCGAACGUGAAGGGUUCCUCACCGAUUUAGCAUUCUUUUUGGCUUCUAAGCUUUUGAAGACGAUCCCUCAGGCUGCAUCGACAACUUGUUAUGUUGCAACUGAUCCGAGGCUUGCAAAUGAAAGCGGGAAAUUCUUCGCAGAUUGCAACGAGAUUUCUAUUUCUUCCAAGUUUGGGUUCAGUUUAACAGAAAAUGCAAGGUUGUGGCAGGCUUCUGAUGUAUUGGUUUCACCACACUCAAAUCCAUUCCAAGGCUUAGUGUAAAACCAAACAACAUCGUAUCGUUAGUUACCGCAACUACAUCAUCUACCAGAGGAAUAUUAUACCAAAAAGAACUCAUCAAAAAUAUAAACUAUUAGUAUA